GAGGCGAAGACCGCAAGUCAUCAGUCGCGCGAGAAUCGUUAUCGAGAGGCGAGCAGGUGACGUUGAUAAGAAAUAUUAUCUACAAUUUAGUUCUCUUUGCGUCGGCGAAGAUUCAUUUGCAAUUUCAACUGGCCUCACAUCUUGAAAGAAAGCAGAUUAAAUAUUCAUCAAAUCGAAAAGAAGUGAGUCUGUUACAGCCAAAGUAUGGCGAAGACUAUUGAAACCAAGUCGGCAGACAAGAGCAUUGGCCGCAGAAACGCCGUUCCCAUAAUUCACGUGCGAGGAACGCACUACGAGAUCGGUUUCGAUAUCGGUCGCACUUUUGCUAAGAUGAUCCAGGAUUUCGUGAACAUUUAUUCACCGCUGAAUGAAAUUUAUUUACCGCUAUUUACAACCGAAGAGGGCAGAAAAGUUUAUGAAGAAACCUUAGAUACAGUUAAAAAACAUUUCCCGCAGUAUGUAAGAGAAAUCAAAGGAACGGCGGAUGGUGCUAAUGUACCGUUUUAUAAGUUGUUUUUGAUGCAUCUGGACGAUAUUGUUCCAAACGUCACCGGAGAAUUACAAGAAAACGCACUGCCAGUCGGUUGUUCGACUAUCAUAUGCAACCAACCGGGACACGAGAUCUUGGGUCACAACGAGGACGCUCUUGGUCAAAUAUUGAAUCACUGGUACCUCGUGAGCGCUCACGUGAUCGAAGCGGGCCACAGAGAGGAGAAAUUCACUUCGCUAAGCUACGCCGGUUUCCUACCGGGUUACACGAUGGGCUAUAACCAACACGGCCUCGUUUACAGUAUUAAUACUAUCAGCGCUGCUGUUUUACGAUCCGGCAAAAUUCCGCGAUACUUCUUGACGCGGGCACUGCUGGGCGUGGAAAACUUCGUACAAGCCCAGCAAACACUAAGAAAUGAGGGUUGCGGCGCAGCGGAGGGUUUUUCAGUAAACAUGACGUUUCUCGCGCAGGAGGGUGACCGAAUGUUUCACAAUGCUGAAGUGGGUCCGGCCGAGCCAGACGCCGCCCGGUCGCAACUCAAUAUUUUGACCGUCAGCCCGGGUGAAAAUACAUCGCAUUGCAACAAAUACUUGCGACUGAAGGUGGCAGAAGUAAAGGGAAUGAUUAUAACGAGCAGUAUCAGGAGAAUGCAAGCGAUCUGCAAGCAUCCACCGGUUAAAAGUCGCCAGAAUGUAAUUGAUAUACUCAGCGAUCAGACGGAUGAUGAAUUUAGAGUCUAUCAAGAGAUCAAUAGCAACGAUCGUAUUAAGACGAUCGCCACAGGUAUCUUCGACUGUAUCGAGCGAACAUGGUCUAUUUACACGGACAGACCGCAGUGUAACGAGCCAAUACUGGUGAUUCCCAUGAAACUCCGAGACUCCACGGCGCCACAAUGCACCACGAAGAAAUAAUUCUCAUCGCUUUUUAUCUCGAUCCAAUUUCCAUCGCCAUCAGAGGUCUAAUCUCGUUUCUUUAUAACAUAAUGCUUUGAUUAACUUAAACAGGAGAGUCUAAUUCACUUUCGAGACGUAGUCUCACGUAGUCAGGCAAGUGUGAAGUAGUAGGAAGAUAGCGCGAGGAAAAAUGAAUAAAAAAUAAAAUCAGAAAAAAAUGUAACGAAUAUAACUUCAAUAAUAUAAAAACUAGUGCUUAAUAUUUGCACAUUAAGAAAGAAAAAUUGCUUGCAAACUUAAAACAAGUCUUUAAUUCACUUUCGAGACGUGGUCUCGUGUAGUCAAGCAAGUGUGAGGUAGUAGGAAGAUAAUGUGAGAGGAAAAAUGAAUAAAAAAUAAAAUCAGAAAAAAAUGUAACGAAUAUAAUUUCGAUAAUAAUAUAAAAACUAAUGUCUAAAUAUUUGUACAUUAAAAAAGAAAAAUUGCUUGUAAAUUUAAAUAAUAAUCAAUAUUGCGAAUGUAGGCAGAGGAAAUAAAAGCGCUCACCGCUUGUACUAUUUAA